UCAGACUCAACGCUGUCGAGCUACUUCACGCAUCGCGCAAGCCGAACAUCGCCGCAAGAGAUCCACAGUGCUUUCUUGACCCUCCAAGCUCCUCCUACCAUGUCAGUCACCGUCGCCCAGCCAGCGCGGCCACAAGCACUGCGGUGCGCAACGCCAUUGCACGAUCCUCGCCUUGCUGGGAUGGUGCAACGGCUGCGCGUGGCUGUGUCGAGUCUAGCGGUAAACAACGGGCCUGAAAACUCGAUCCCCUUUCUACUACAGCUACCUUCUCCUUUCACAGGCUCUGUGUCUCUUGCAAUCGCUGCUUCAGCAACACUUUCCGAUCUUCUCCUCGUCUUGAGCCAUAUCUUGUGCUGUGACGCCAGGUCUUUCCGCUUGGUGCACCAUGCAUCCUCCAGCACGCUCCCCUGCCUCUCCUUGCCAUUCAGCGCCCUCGUGCAGCCCCCAUCAUGCCGCUCGCAUGCAACCCAGAGUCCGCUCACUCUUGUUCUCCUCCCGCGCCUCCCGGGCGGCAAAGGAGGCUUCGGCUCCAUGCUGCGCGCAGCAGGCGGCAAGAUGUCCUCUGCGGCGCGCAAACGAGGCGAGGAAAACACAGACUCCUGCCGCGAUCUCAAUGGCCGCCGCUUGUCCGUGCUCAAAGAAGCACGCAAGCUUGCAGCGUACCUCGAGCAGGAACCGGAGCGGCGCAAAGCGAUGGAUGAGCGCAUGCAGGCUAAAUACAGACGUUUGGAGAAGAUGCUUGGGCGUACGCCAAAGGGUCAAGCAGACCUUGAAGAGGCGGCGCGCAAGAUGGGAGAGGACGAAGCAGCGUUGGAGGAUGCGGAUGAAUUUGACAGCAAUGAUGAGGCUCCCGCUUCUGAAAAUGAAGCUGGGCCAUCGACAUCAGCAUGUCGAGCAGUACCGUCAUCAAGAAGCUCUCGACCUGCAGCAGUGGAACGAGCCGAAAGGUUCGAAGACCAUGAAUACUUGGAGCAAAGCAAGGAAAUCAUCACCAACGCAAGAAGUGCAGUUGCAGCUGCUAUGAAAAAAAAGAAGAAAGCUGCGGCUAACAAAUCCAAGCCUUCGUCGACGGAUGCAUCAGCUCCCGCUCACCUGUAGUUGUACUUAGUUUUGAAUGUACUUCUAGGUCGUGCUCAUGUGCAUAGCAUCCACGCUAGCAAGAGACACAUGGUUUGAUGUUGUG